AUGAAUUCAACUCCACUUUUAAAAAAGCGGUAUCAUAUUGGAAAAAGUGUGAAAAAUAUGCUUAUGGGUUUUUUCACUGAAUAUGAAACACCAAAAUUAGUUUUAAUACAUAGUGCAAAAUAUGCUGGUAUACUUCGCAUUAUACAAAUCAUUAUUCUUAUUUAUUCUGUAAUAUAUUUACUUAUAUAUGAAAAAGGUUAUCAAAAACAAGAUACAGCAGUUAUAUCAUCGGUAACACUUAAAGUAAAAGGCAUUGGUUAUGCUCAUACGCUAGAAAAUAAAACACUGAUUAUUGAUGUAGCAGAUUAUAUUAUUCCACCAUCAGAAAAUAAUGCUAUAUUUAUAAUGUCAAAUUUUGUUCAAACUGAUCAAACACGCACUAUAUGUGCUGAGCAUAUAAAAGUUGAAGGAGCAAAAUGUCAAAAUGAUACCCAAUGCUCCAGUAAACCAUUUACACCAGAUAUGAAUGGACGUUGGACAGGUCGAUGCUUACUAUCACCAGAAAAAGAUAUUGGCAAUGAGACAACAAAUAUUACAAAAACUAGAACGGGUUUAUGUGAAUAUGCAGGUUGGUGUCCACCAGAAGAUGAUCUUACAUCGACAAUGCUUAUUCAAGGAGUUCUUGAUUUUACAUUAUUUAUAAAAAAUUUCAUUGAAUUUCCAAUGUUCGAAGUUAAACAUAAAAAUAUGGUUGAUAGUUUAAAAAAAUCAUGUACUUAUCAUCCAAAAGAUCAUAAAGAUUGUCCGAUAUUUACUAUAGAUUAUAUAAUGAGUGAAGCGGAAAAAAAUAUUACUGAACGUAAUUUAAUGUUACGUUAUGGUGGUGUCGUACGUAUUAAACUGGAUUGGGAUUGUAAUUUAGAUCGAAAUAUAAAAUUAUGUAAACCUGAAUAUUCAUUUGCUCGUCUUGAUGUACCUUUUUAUGAAAAACCAUUUUCAAAGGGUUUCAAUUUUCGUCAUGCUACUGCUUGGAAACAUAAUGAAGAUCAUUUUCGUGCAUUAACAAAAGCUUUUGGUCUUCGUUUUAUAAUUUCUGUUAGUGGUAAAGCUGGAAAAUUUGAUAUUAUUACAUCGACUUUAAAUAUUGGUUCAUUAGUUGGACUCUUUGGUUUAGCAACAUUUGUUUGCGAUAUUCUUCUACUUCAUUUAUCGAAAAAAUCAGAUACUUAUCGGAAUUAUGUGUUUGAAAUUGUUCAUUUACGAACACGAUUUAAUAGUGCAAUAAGAGAUGCAAGAAUUCAUUUUCAAUCUAGGGACGAAAUAUAUCCGAAUUCUGUAUCAAAUGAUAAAACAGCAUUAUCAAAUGGAGCAAUUGGCCAUCUUGUAAAAUCUCCAGGAACAACAGUUUCCAUUCGUCCACUAAUUCUUAUUCAUCCAGAUAAAUGA